AGUGGGUUUACUAACUCCAGUGUGGCCCAGGGUCAGUAAAAGGAAAUCGUGUGAUUGAUUUUGCUGGACUUACAGUCUGUCUGACACCUGACCCCAGAGACACCCUUCUAACCCAAACCGUUGAUUGCCUGCAUACCCACCUAAUCCAGUGUUGAGUUGCUGCAGCGAUUCCAGUGUGUCUGGAGGAAUCUGAGUAUCGCUGCAACUAUGUCUGCUGUUAUUUUAUUUUUGGGUUUUUCUUUGAGCCGGGAAAAUGUAUGAAAAGGGGACUGAGCAGCAGCCACAGGUACAGGUUGUGGUGAAGGCAGAAGGUGAGCAGCCUUCGGCCUCCACUCCCCCUUCUCCACCUUUGACUGCUACGCAGCGGCUGAAGGAGCUGGAAGAACAGUUGCGUCAGCAACAGGCCAGACUCGCAGAAGUGGAGCGGCAGGAGGCAACUGAACUAAAGGCUGCAAUAGAUCACUCCAGAAGGAAGUAUCUGUUGCAGCAGCUAGAGAGGUCACUCACUGAUGAUCGUUGUGCCCAGAUCAUCAAGCAUAUGGCUGAGAUGAUUUUGCAGGAGCACAAGAUCACCAGCUCCCAAUGCACCAACUGGGAUGAUCAUUUUGUGCGGCUGGAGCGUCGGGUUGACGAGCUGUCAGCAAAGCAGACCAAGAUCCUGAAGUCUAUUCAGGGCUUGACUGCUCAGCUAGCAGCCGCCAAGCUGACUACUCCUCAGCUUCCUCUGCUGCAGCCCAAAUCUUCUCCUCAUUCUUCACCCCCUUCCUCUCCAAGUCCAUCUCAUGCUGGAUCUGCACACUCUUUCCGGUCAUCUACCCCUUCCCAAAAGGCCUCAGUAAAGGCCACCUAUGCUGCUGUGACUGCAGCUGACAGAGGUCCCAAGAUCCCUGCUCCCAACAAGUUCAGGGGCGAUGACCCCAAGACUGAUGUUGGGGACUGGGCUGCUGGGACCAGAGCCUACUUGAGGGGCUUUGUCUGUGCAGAACAGACCAAGGUGGCGAUUAUUCUGGGACUGCUAGAAGGGAUUGCACUGAAGUGGGCCACUUCAACUUCUAGCAGCCUGCAGCAGUCCAUGGAGGAUUGGGCCUUUGGCUUGGGGGUAGAGAGACUUUUGCAGGCCCUGGAGGACCGGUUUGCAGACAAGGAGCGGGCCCGGAAGGCUGCUGACAGGAUUGCUCGCCUGGGACAACAGCGGUACAGCGGCAUCCUACAGGCCUUGUUUGCUGAGUUCGAGCAGCUCACCUCCACCCCUGGGUUGGUCAUGGCACAUGAUGAUCUGCUGACCAACUUCUGCAGGGCAGCGCCUGAGAAGUUUGUUGUUGCACUUUACAGCGUUGGGCACAAGGACUGGAGGUCCUUUGGCCGUGCAGCCCUGGAAAUGGAGGCCAAGCUCCAUGUCCAGGCCCCAUCCUCUGACAGGAGGAAAGGUGCCUUCCCUAGAGGUAGCAGAGGGGAAAGGCAGCCUUCACUCACGCGGGGUCUGCCUCAGGAUCAGAUUCCGAUUCCCAGCCUGAUGCACCUUCAGGUGGACCGGAUCUGUUGCUGAGACAGAUGUUGCAGCAGUAGUGACUCAGGCUGUUUUGGGAGCUUUGCAGUCGCAAAGAAAGUU